AUGUCGAUCGAAAUCCUUUAUCGAUUUAUCUAUAUUUCUAUCUAUCUAUGCUUAUUCGAAUUUCAAUCUGUUGUCUUCUAUUUACUUUUUUUUCUGUCUUUCUCUUUUCCCUUUUUCUUUCUUUUUUCUUUCUUUCUUUCUUUUGUCUUUCUUCCUUUUUUUCUUUCUUAUUCUUUCUUUCUUUCUUUCUUUCCUUUGUCUUACUUUCUCUUUUUCUUUUUUCUCUUUUUCUUUCUUUCUUUUUUACUUUCUAUUUUCUUUCUUUUUUCUUUCUCCUUAUGUUUUUUCUUUUUCUUUCUUUUUCUUUCUUUCUUUCUUUUUAAAUCUGUUUUUUCUUUUACCUUUCUUUCUUUUUUCCUACUUUCCUUUUUUCUUUCCUUCUUUGUCUUUCUUUCUUUCUUUCUUUUUACUUAUUUUCUCUCUUUCUUUUUCUCUUCCUCGUUUUCUUUCUUUUUCCCUUUUUCUUUCUUUCUUUUUUCUAUCUUUGUUUGUUUCUUUUUUUCUUACUUUCUCUUUUUCUCGCUUUCUUUUUCCUUUUCGCUCUUUCCUUUCUUUCUUUCUAUCUCUUUCUUUUUCCUUUUUUCUUUUUCUCUUUUUCUUUCUAAUUUUUUUCUCUUUUCCUUUUUCUCUUUCUAUCUAUUUUCAUUCUUUUUUUCUCAUCAAAAAGAGGACAUAUGUUGCUGUCGUUACUAUUAA